AUGUCAGACAUCAGUAUCAAUUCCACAUUUAGGAAAACUCUAAUUGAGUUAUGCGAAACUGCAACAUGGAUAACUUCGCAAAUUUACGCUGCUAAAGACUUGGAGAAAAACGAUCUAAUCACAGUAGAUAAUAAAAUAAGCGCAUUGUAUCCCAUUGCAGAAAAAUACGAUAGAUCAUUUAGAACUACUACGGUAAUUCUGGACGAGGAACUUAUUUUAAAAUUGGAAAAUGCAGCAUCAAGCCUAUGGAAUUCUUUGACCAUUGCCAUGAAAGCUGAAAAGGCAUCAGACAAAUACGUUAAAGAAGUCUUCUGUAAAUGUAAAAUCUUUGCAACUAAGCUUCUAUCCAUCCAUGAAGCUUUGUUUCGAACAAAUACCAAUCUCUUAAGGAAUUUUAAAUGCUAUGUCGGUUCUUUUAAAACCGCUAGUGAACACCAUUUCAAAGAUUUAAUAACCAACACACAACAGCAUUCGGAAAAAUACUUACAGAUAAUCAAUGAACAUGAGGAGAAUUUUUCCAUCGAGGAAAAAACUGAAUUCAAAAAAUUGACAUUCGAGUUUUAUUUAGUGAACUUCCAACUUUGCCUUUCAGAGAAUGAUCUAGAUACUGCAAAAAUUUACACUUCAAAAGUCAACAUCAUGGAUAAUUUCAAAUUUAUGGACGCAGAUUUGCUGAUUGAAUUAUGUAGGAUGAUCUAUAACUCCACAAUUUUGUUGAAAGAGAGUGAUAAUCUUGAAACCCAACAAAUACAGAUAAGUAUAGUCUCUUUUCUGAAAGAUGUGGAGAAAUAUUUAGAGUUGCCUGUGGAGAAUUUAAAAUGCCAUAAUGAUUAUAGCAAUUUGAGAUACUCGGUUUUGAGUUUCAUGGCAAAUUGUUUGGUCGAAGCCUAUCCACAAGCCUCUGAACUCGAACAAUGUGAUCAUUAUUUAAGCCUUUUACAAAAUGACUAUCCAAACAAGGUGGAUUCUUUCGCAUUGGCUAUUAAGUUCGUCAAUAGGAAAGAUAUUACAAAUCCUGCGGAAGUUAUAGAAGAAAUCCUUAUGCGAAUGAUAAUGUCGGUAGAUGUGAAAGCAAAUUUUCAAAUGGUCAUUGCCUCCAUCAAUGAUUUGUCAGAAAUGGACACAAAACUAUCUAUCGUGUGUCUUGAUUAUUUGCUAGUCAAUAAACUAGAUUCCAAAAAUGAUAGAAAGAUCUUGGAAAAGGCAAUUUGCUCCAGAUUCUUAAUUACAACGCAAUCUAAAACAAUGAAUGAUUUGGAAAUUGCGGAAAGCUUAGAUGAUUUUUCUACUCAGAUUGAAAGGAUAGUUUCUGAGCCCCUCUCCAAACAUUCUAUCUCUUGUAUAAUAACGCUAUUAUGGAAUGCCGGGAAAAAAUUGGAAAAGAUGGAAAAGUAUGUUGAUAGUAUCAGGUUUUACAAAUUGGCACUCAAGGAUAUCAUUAGUCAAAAUUAUUCUGAUCGGGGAAAAAUACAAAGAGCUCUACAGGUUGCGUAUAAUAAAAUUCAAGAUUUUUCCAAUACGUUAAAAGUUUACCAACAUAUGGAUGAAGCGGACAAACAAUCUCCACUGUGUCAACUUCUCAUGUUGCAGGCCUUUUUGGCAAAUGAUAAAAUGCAUGAGGCGCUUACGUGUCUUCAGAAGAUAAAGUCAUCUGAAGAUGAAAAAAGUACAGAUGCUCUCAUACUGGCAGUGGCAGAAUGCAAACGGAAAACAGACCUGUCCGUUCAAGGUCUUUUGAUGCUCUUUGAUAAACUGCAAUCCAAGAACUAUUCACAAAAUGUAUCAUCUACAUCGAGUUCUCAGACAUUGAGCAUCCUGAGAUAUACUUUACAGAUGAUUGUCAAAGUAUCAGAGGAGGAAUCUAUAGAAACUUUCGUUAAUUAUUUGUCGACUGUGCAGAAACUCUUACAAAAGGCUGUCGAGUUUCUAAAAACUGUAAAAUUGCUAAGUGGUUUACCGUCGGAGAUUGAAAAGGAGGCAAUAUAUCAACAACCAGUGACUGUAAAUGAGAUCGAGUGGUUUGCCUCUUUCUCAUACAAUGUCGCUGUAAAAUGCUUAACAAAUGAGUCAGUUGAAUCUAUUUCUCAAUUUCCCCACUAUUGCGUUCAAUUUAUUGAUCUUAUUCCUAUUCAAGAUUUCACCUUCCCAAAAAUGUAUCACUUUACAUAUUGGAAGUUUAAAGCUAUUAUCUUACAGUUGACAAUAUCCAAAAAAGAAGUCGUGCUAGAUCAACAUCAACAAAAUCGUGACAUUCAUGAAAAGUCAGGCGAGUUGGUUAACAACAUCAACAUUGUGAAGAAAAGUUCAGAAUUCAAAGAUGGGUCAUCAACAGAAGACAGAAAUACAUUAAAUGAAUGUUUUCUGGAAGCAUUAUCAAUACACAUGGAAAGUGCAUUGACAAUGACCGAUCAAACUAGGAUUUUAGACAUACUAAAGAAAACGGAAUUAUAUCAAGAUAGCCGCGUGGAUGCGCUAUUGAUUGAUAUCUCAUCGAAUAUGGAAGGACUACCAAGAGGAGUUCUAGUACAGAUAGUAGAAACAGUACUAAACAGAAACAUAGGUACUGAAAUAAGGGAGCAAGAACUCUGUAGCUGGCUGCGAAUUUUGCUGGAAAAUGCAAUCAAUCUUAACCACAAAGUAGAACUGCACAUACUGGAGAGAGUUGGUAAAUUUCUAAAUAUAAACCAAUCAAGUUUUCAAGAUACAGAUGGUGCACUUCAAACAGAAUUAGAAACUAUAGCUACUUACUGUUGGAACAUCGGCGUCAACUACAUAAUCAAAGAUGACAAAAGUAACGGAAUUACUUGGUGUAAACACUCAAUGGGAUUCGCUAACAUGGUAAAUAAAGGCUUGCAGAAUCAAUUGUACUCAUUAUGGGAAUCCUUAGCAACUUCAGCAAAUAUUGACGUCAAUAGCAUUUCUAAAUAA